AUGUCUUAUACCGGCCAUUGCAACUGUAAAAGCAUCCACGUGACUUUGCCCGAGCAGCCUCCUAAGACUGGCGUUUGUCAUUGUUCAAACUGCAAGCGCGUCGGUGGUGGUAAGUUCAAUUUUAAGGCAAUUUACCAACGAGAUAUUAACGUACAAACCAUUGCAGCGUUUUCGGUCAACUAUUUUGUGCCCGAGGAUGAUUUGACCAUCAAUGAUCCGAACAAGACGUUGAAGAUUUUCGUGGAUUCCAAGACUGCGAGUGGAAACGUGAUUCAGUUGCUCGAAGCGCAACUUUUGCUCGAAUUGUGGAAGGUGGGUCACUAUCUUCCGUCACGUGCUAUUUUCACCAAAAGCCCGAAGGCUCCUGGAAAAGUCUUUCUAAAGGCGACUUUGUUUGACAAAAUCUCUCCUAAGGGUGGUGAAGUGUUUGGUGAUGAUCGACUAGAGCUGUGA